AUGGUCUAUGCAAGAGAAGUUUCGCUUUUGCUUCCCGGCUUGGCUACCUUGGUGGUCGGCGUCGGCACCCGCGUCGACACCGACUUCUCAGCAGUCUCGUGGGCUGAUCCCCGAGUUGACGUAUUUGGCGUCGGGCCAGAUGAAGCAUCCCUGUGGCACAAGUUCUGGACCGGCUGGGACUGGCAGCCUCGAAGUGGCUUCGAGCGUGUCCCAGCCGCCGAGGCCAGCCCGCCUUCCACCUCUUCCUGGGGCGAAGGCCGCUUUGACGUCGUGUAUGUGAAUGCCUCUGGCAGCAAUGUGCUCCACAAGUACUAUGACGGUGGCUGGGGUCCUUCUUGGGAGGACGUCGAGGACCUCGGUGGCAACGUCACGUUCAUAACCAGCACCUCUAGGAGCCCGGGCCGAUUAGAUCUUGUGGGCAGGUCCGGCGACUCGUACGUCUACAAGGCUUGGAUUCACGGAGAGUGGCUACCUGGAGGCAAGCACUGGCAGACCUUUGGUGGUGAUUUUGCCAGUGACCCUGCCAUUACCUCCUGGGGUCCUGGCCGCCUUGACGUUGUCGGGAUCGCCAAAGACGGCUAUCUUGAGCAUCGGUACUGGCAGCAUGGCUUGUCUAAAUGGGGGAUCCUUGGUGAGGGACCAUUCCACGGAACUCCCCGCAUAACCUCGUGGGGAGAGGAUAGACUAGACAUCUGGGCCUUGGGCGAGGGCGGAGAAUUGAACCAUCUCUUCUGGGAUGGCACACAGUACCAAGGCUGGGAAAGCCUUGGUGGUAAGUUCACCGAGAUCCCCCAAGUCGUGCAUUGGGAAGCUGGGAAGAUCGACAUCAUUGGCAAGAACGGCGACACGUUUGUGCUCAAGAACUUUGACGGUUUCAAUUGGAACGGGUGGUAUAACUUGGCAACUUCCUUUGCAUCCGAGCCCGUCGUGCUUGCAAAGCGAGGAGAAAACUUCCUCACCGUCUUGGGUAUCGAUAAAGGAGGAGGUUUGAGAAGCCAGAUCUGGAGUGGAUAUGAUUGGCAGCCUGGUCCCCAUGAAACCUGGUAUCUCGGAGAUCUGUCAUGGCCAUACGGACUUAGUGAUGUGAAGAAUCAGAAGACUCUGGGGCCUGCAGGCGAGCUGAAGUGA